AUGAGAGAAAUUUUGAAUGGCCUAAACCAAGAAUUGUGGAGAAUCAGAGAAGCAUGUUGCUAUGCAGUUUGUGAUCUAUUUGGGGGAGGUAGCGCUAAAACCUUCGAAGAAAUGGCUCCCUACAUUAAGGAGUGUUUCCAAAAAGUUUGGAGGGUGACUGAUGACAUCAAAGACACCUGCAGAAAAGCAGCUAAUAGUGCCUUACAAAGAUUGAGCGCAUUUUCAAUCAAAUCAUGCAAUCCUACCUAUACAAGCAAGAGAGAAAAUGUAAGCCGAGCAUUAUCGAUCAUCAUUCCUCUUCUAUUGCAUGAAGGUUUACUCUUUCCAUUUAAAGAUGUUGUAUUUGUGAGUCUUUCUACACUUAAAGAAGUGGUCCAUGUCAGUGCACAGUACAUCAAACCUCACAUUUAUGAUAUCAUUUCUACCAUUCUUCAACAAAUGUCUGUUUUAGAACCAGCAGAAUUUAAUUAUUUACAAAUGAAUGCAGAAAGAUAUGGUAUUUCGGUGGAACAAUUGGAAUCUUUGAGAUUAUCUGCCAUGUCAAGAAGUGGCCCACUUUCUGAAAUUAUCAUGUACUGUGAAAGACAUAUUGACGAAUCUGUGUUGCGACAAUUAGUUCCAAGUUUAUUAGAAAUUUUACAACUUGGAGUUGGACUUCAAACACGUGCCCACUGUGCUAAAUUUAUUUCUCAUUUAGGAAAAUUCCAUGGAAGAUAUCUGAAAGACUAUGUCAAUGAUAUAGAUGCUGUCAUUAUGAGCGCCAUUCUUCAAUCAGAGUCCAUGGCAGAGCGUAAAGAACUUGCGACUGCAUUGUCUCAAGUUGUGAAAAACGGUAAAGCUUCAGAAGGAAAACGAGUGCUACAAGAAAUUCUAGCACUCUACACUCAAGAGGAAGGAGUGAUGAGUUACAGCAAUGAAAAUGAAAUGUCAAGAUCUUCUGCAGAUGAAUUACGAUUGAUCAGCGCCAUGAUGUUGGAACAAAUGAGCAGAAAUUGUCCCAUUUUAUUGAAAAAGUUUUACGAUCUUGCACUUCCUAUCAUGUUCAUUGCAAGACAUGAUAAAAGUGAACGCGUGAGAAAAAUGUGGGAAACAGUAUGGGAAGAAUGCACCAAUACCUCUGUGAAAAAUAUUUUGGAGCUCCAUCUAAGGGUUGUGUUGGAUAAAUGUAUUGCAUUGUUGGAUCAUCCUACUUGGGAAUUGAAACGACAAGGUGGAAGUGCGCUCGAAGAGGUUUCAUCUGCCUUGGGAGUAUUGUUGAACGAGAAAAAGGAAGAAAGAACACGAAUAAUUGAUGCCUUAUUGAAUUCUAUUGCAGGCAGAGUGUGGGAAGGAAAAACUGUCCUAUUGAAAGCUCUUGGAAGUAUUUGUGAAACCUUUGUUUCGAAGGGAGAUGAAUCUAUUGCUACUAAUGGUCAACAACAAGAAAUGAAAAUUCUUGAAUUAUUAUUGAAAGAAUGCAAAAAGAAAGACCUCGAUUACAAAGGCGAAGCUUUUAGAGCAUUUCAUUGUGCAAUGAAAACCUUGCAUUUCACUUCUCAUUUCAUUUCACAAGAAUUUUACGAACAAGCAAAGACAACAUUAUUGGAAGAGAUGCAAAAUAUUGAAAAGGAAGAGGAAGAAGAAAUUCGAGCUGAGAAUUCAACCGAAAAGAGAACCGAACGAGUGAAUAAUGACAAAACUUAUCACGAAGAACGACUGAAACGAGAAUUGAAAUCGAAUAAGAGAGAGGCAUGUCUGAUUCAAAUCAUUCACAUUUUAUCGUAUUUAAUUCCAUCUCAGAAUGUGACACAUGAAGAGAGAAAGAAAGCGAUGGAAUGGAUUUUCUAUCAAUUCCUAGCUCCUCGUUUGACUUUGUAUUUAACUCCAUCCAUGAAUAAUGCCUUGUUGGGCGCCUUAUUGCAAUAUGUGAAAUUAAGAAAGAGAGGAUUUGCACAAGAAUUGCCUUUUAUCAAUGUGGAAGAACAAGAGAAAAUUCUACAACUCUUACUAUUCAAUGUGGAUCCAAAUAAUCGACAAAUCAAUGUGAGACCUGUAGCAUUUAAUACUUUGAAAGAAGUUUGUUCACAAUUCGAUAUCAUCAAUAAUUCCAGUUUGAAAUCCUUGUUGAAAACACAACUCGAAGAAAUAUCAAAACGAAUCAUGGAGCCACUCUUGCAUGAUCAAGUGACCAAUUUUGCUCAACAGAUGUUGUAA